UGGGUCCGAGCAUCCCGCGGCUUCGGACCCGCCCGGCCCGGACAUGGCGAGCGUCCGGGCCUCCCCGCGAGGCGCUCUGCUGCUUCUUCUGGCCACGGCGGGGGUCGCGGAGGUGUCGGGGGGCCUGGCUCCGGGCAGCGCGGGUGCUGUAUGUUGUAAUCAUUCAAAGGAUAACCAAAUGUGUCGUGAUGUAUGUGAACAGAUUUUCUCCUCAAAGAGUGAAUCCCGACUGAAACAUCUGUUGCAGAGAGCCCCAGACUACUGCCCAGAAACGAUGGUUGAAAUUUGGAGUUGUAUGAAUUCAUCUUUGCCAGGUGUGUUUAAGAAGUCUGAUGGCUGGGUUGGCUUAGGCUGCUGUGAACUGGCUAUUGGCUUGGAGUGUCGACAGGCAUGCAAGCAGGCAUCGUCAAAGAAUGAUAUUUCCAAAGUUUGCAGAAAAGAAUAUGAGAAUGCUCUUUUCAGUUGCAUUAGCAGAAAUGAAAUGGGCUCAGUGUGCUGCAGUUACGCAGGUCAUCACACAAACUGCCGAGAAUUCUGUCAAGCCAUUUUCCGAACAGACUCUUCUCCUGGUCCAUCUCAGAUCAAAGCCGUGGAAAAUUAUUGUGCCUCUGUUAGUCCACAGCUGAUCCACUGCGUGAACAAUUACACCCAGUCUUAUCCCAUGAGAAACCCAACAGAUAGUUUGUAUUGCUGUGACAGAGCUGAAGACCACGCGUGCCAAAAUGCCUGCAAGAGAAUUCUCAUGUCUAAGAAAACAGAAACCGAGAUUGUUGAUGGUCUCAUCGAGGGGUGUAAGACCCAGCCCUUGCCUCAGGAUCCUCUCUGGCAGUGUUUUCUUGAAAGCUCCCAGUCGGUUCACCCUGGAGUCACAGUCCACCCUCCCCCCUCAACUGGCCUUGAUGGGGCUAAGUUGCAUUGCUGCUCUAAAGCAAACACUUCAACAUGCAGGGAACUGUGCAUGAAACUUUAUAGCAUGAGCUGGGGGAACACGCAGAGUUGGCAGGAGUUUGACCGCAUCUGUGAAUACAAUCCGGUGGAGGUAUCCAUGCUGACAUGUCUCGCUGAUGUCCGGGAACCUUGCCAGUUGGGCUGUCGGAACCUCACUUACUGUACGAACUUUAACAACAGGCCAACAGAACUUUUCAGGAGCUGCAAUGCUCAGUCUGACCAGGGAGCCAUGAAUGACAUGAAGCUGUGGGAGAAAGGCAGCAUAAAGAUGCCCUUCAUCAGCAUCCCUGUUCUCGACAUCAAAAAGUGCCUGCCAGAAAUGUGGAAAGCCAUCGCGUGUUCGCUGCAGAUUAAGCCUUGCCACAGUAAAUCCCGAGGAAGCAUUAUCUGCAAAUCAGAUUGUGUAGAGAUUCUCAAGAAAUGUGGAGACCAGAACAAAUUCCCUGAAGACCACACGGCUGAAAGUAUCUGUGAGUUUCUGUCCCCUGCAGAUGACCUGGAGAACUGCAUCCCUCUGGAUACAUACCUCAGGCCAAGUGCUUUAGGUAACAUCAUAGAAGAAGUGACUCAUCCCUGUAACCCAAAUCCUUGCCCAGCCAAUGAGCUCUGUGAAGUGAACCGAAAAGGGUGUCCAUCUGGAGAUCCCUGCCUUCCGUAUUCUUGUGUUCAAGGUUGCAAAUUGGGAGAAGCUUCUGACUUCAUUGUUCGUCAGGGGACACUGAUCCAGGUGCCGUCCUCUGCAGGGGAAGUUGGUUGUUACAAGAUCUGUUCCUGUGGACAAAGUGGCCUCUUGGAAAACUGUAUGGAGAUGCACUGUAUCGAUCUCCAGAAGUCUUGUAUUGUUGGAGGAAAAAGAAAAACUGUUGCCUCUCAGCUGCUCCUUGUCUGCUGUUCAUUCUGUCUGGAGAAGCCACAACACCCUUCUCUCUGCCUGGGUCAAUGUUGGAGACACCCAUCUCUCUGCCUGGGUCUGCCCUGUAACUGUGACGAUCAGUUUGUCCCAGUGUGUGCACAGAAUGGACGCACUUACCCCAGUGCCUGCAUCGCCCGCUGUGUGGGUCUCCAAGACCAUCAGUUUGAGUUUGGACCUUGUGUCUCCAAGGAUCCCUGUAAUCCUAACCCCUGCCCAAAAAGCCAAAGAUGUGUGCCAAAACCGCAAGUUUGCCUGACAACCUUUGAUACAUUUGGCUGUAGCCAGUAUGAGUGUGUGCACAGACAGCUCACCUGUGAGCAGAUCCGAGAUCCUGUAUGCGACACGGAGCACGUGGAGCACAGCAAUCUCUGCACGCUGUACCAAAGAGGAAAGAGCCUCUCUUACAGAGGCCCCUGCCAGCCCUUCUGCAGAGCCACCGAGCCUGUCUGUGGGCACAAUGGUGAGACCUACAGCAGUGUGUGUGCCGCCUACUCGGACCGUGUGGCAGUGGACUACUAUGGGCCCUGCCAGGCUGUCGGGGUCCUCUCUGAACACAGUGCUGUGGCCGAGUGCGCUGCAGUGAAGUGCCCGUCACUCUCAGCUAUAGGCUGCAACCCCAUCAUUCCACCUGGUGCUUGUUGCCCAUUGUGUGCUGGGAUGUUACGGGUUUUAUUUGACAAAGUAAAACUGGACACCAUUGCUAAGGUGACCAACAAGAAGCCAGUAACAGUUCUGGAGAUUCUUCAGAAGAUCCGCAUGCACGUGUCUGUCCCACAGUGUGAUGUGUUUGGAUACCUGAGCAUCGAAUCAGAAAUUGUGAUCCUGAUUAUUCCUGUCGACCACUCUCCAAAAGCUUUGCAGAUUGAGGCCUGCAAUAAGGAAGCAGAGAAAAUCGAGUCCCUCAUCAACUCUGACAGCCCCACUCUGGCGUCCCAUGUCCCCCUCUCUGCCCUUAUCAUUUCCCAGGUGCAGGUCUCCAGAAGCCUUCCAUCCUCUGCUGCUGGGGGCAGGUCUCCCUGCCCCUCCCUGCUCCUCUUUAGCCUGGGCCUCACUGUGUACUUGCUCUGGAGUCGUCCCUGACUGCCUGCCUUGACUCGGCCGUCCCACCUUGUGAAAGACGUCAGGACUGCUAGCUGGUGGCCGAGCAAGAGCACGUGUCACCUCUUAGCCCUACACAGUAUUUUUUUUUCUGCCAAUGUUAGGGGUUUUGCCUUGAUUCUGAAAUGAUAAACUAGGCUCCCCCAGUAUAAUGGAAAUCUCUUGCUGGUGGGCCGCAGGGUUACAGUUUACAUUUUGCUCAAUAGAUGAGUCCGCUUCUCCAAAGGAAAGUUACCGUCACUGGUCAAUGAGACGGUCACUUUAUGGAAGGAGGCCCCCUUUUCGUGUCCUGUAAGGGUUGAGGCUGUGCUGUGCUUGUCUCUGUGUCUAGAAGCUGAGGGUUCAGUGGAAAGCCACUUCUGGGACGGUACGGAAGGGAGAGAGCUUCUUUGACAUGAUCACAGGCUGAUUCCAUGGAAAGUUAAGGCAGGACUCUAAUGUGCUUAGCAAAGGCAACCAGGUAGCACUCACGCACCUGUCUUGCAGGUGGUCCUCUCAGUCAUUGCCAGUUUGUGCCUGUGAAUGGGGCAGCCCCACUCAUCCAGGUAUCUUGUGUCAUGCAGUUUUAUAUUAGCCACUCGUCAGUACUCACCAAGUUCAGAGACUUUAAACCAACUGCUGCUGCUAUAUAAUUGCCAAAAAGUAAGAUAAUUAGUAGUUCAUGUAAAUAGUACAUGAUUUCUUAAUUUUAUUAUGAAGAAGGUGAAUAGCCAUAUUUGUAAAAUGACAAUCAUAUGUGUUAGCCCUAUACUUUCCGUUCAUGAAGACACAUUUGCUUUUUGUGGUGUGCACAGUAUGGAUAAAUGUCUGUCUGACUUUCUUUUUAUAUAGAAUUAUAAAGAAUGUGGUUUGUAUAUUUAAAAUGUCAGGCUAAGUAUUAAAAUGUUUGCAUGUUGUCUAAGGAAUUGGAUACUUUGAAUGUUUCACAGUUUGAAAUAAGCUAUUAAUGUAAUACUUCUUGUUUGUAUGCACCUGAACUUAGAUUUUUACAUGAAGUAUUUUUCAGUGUUACAUGUACCCUCUGAAAUACAGCAAUAUGCUUAUUAUACCAAAAUGUUUUUGAAAAGUAGGCACUUAAAGCUUUCAGAGGACCUCAGUGCUGAUGUUAAUGUAGCCUCUGUUGCAAUUGCCUAUUUCUGUCUAAUGUCUUCAACAUACUAGACUAUAUUGUAUAUAUAUUCUAUAUAUAGUAUAUUGUAAUAUACUAUAUAUAGUAUUCAGCAAUAUGCUA